AUGCCUGUUAUCAGAGUUGGCAGUGCUGACAUUAUGGUAGGUAACUCCAUGAAAUAUUUGGGGGUUAUAAUAGACGGCUCAUGGAACUUCAGGAGUCAUAUUAAGUACGUGGAGGCUAAGGUGUCCAAAGCCGGUAGAGCACUAAGCAGGCUUAUGCCGAACCUGAGGGGCCCGUGUGAGCGGAAACGACAGUUAUUUGCAUCCGUUCUCACUUCGGUUGCGAUGUCUGCGGCCCCAGUUUGGGGAGCAGCAUUUGCAUCUGCCCCGGACCAAAUGACCCGACCGCUGCGACGUCUGCAGCGCUCUAUAGCGAUUAGGGUGAUUGCGGCAUAUCGGACCGUGUCUUUUGACGCGGCAACCCUGAUAGCUAGGUUUCCUCCUUUGAGCUUGGAGGCGACAAUGCGAUGUCGCAUCUACAGUAGAUUCGCAGACUUAAAACGCAAGAAUGAAUUUUCGCAUAAGACGGAAGCGGAGCUACGGAAUGGGGAAACUCUGCUGCUUCUUCGACAAUGGGAUAUUCGGCUCAGCAAGCCCGGAAUAUGGGGCCAUAGCUGCGAUUCGACCCUGUUUGCGUGGAUGAUGUUAACUGGUCAUGGUAGUUUCGGGCAUUUCCUUUGGCGAAACGGCAAACGGGAGACGGCAGAAUGCUAUCACUGUUCUUCGCAAGAUGAUACUGUUGAACAUACUAUCGCUGAUUGUCCUGCCUGGGAUGACGUAAGGGGCAGUGGUGGCUCUCAGAAGUCUAUGCGCAAGCGGUUCCUGGGGAUCACUUAA